GCAUCAUUACUUUUGAGAUGGCUCCAAUAAUUUCGUCCUGAUGUCUCUUACAGGCUUAUAUAAGUAAGACAUGGCUUUUGGAUUCUCACAGUACUAAACAAGAACUCUAUAGAAGCUUAGAGAGAGGAUCGAGAAAGAUGACACUUCCAUUUGCUUAUUCCAUCCCUCUUUUCCUUGUGCUGCUUUUGAGGUGUGGCCAUUCUAAUGGAGCUGCUAGAGAUGUGCCUAUGCAAGACCACUUCCACAUAAGUACAAACGAUGUAAUCAAGAAUACUUCACUUCAACUAUAUUACAAAAUCUUGAAUGAACUUUACAAAAGGCCACCUUUUAUAUUCAAAGUACCAAAAUUAGGCAAGGGAUUUGAUAAUUUUGUGGCUGAUUUUGUAGAGGCUUCAUAUAUAGGCAUCUUCACUCCAGGUGAUGUAUACUUGGGAAAGGUCAUGCCUAUCUACUUCCCAAUUCAGGACCCUUCUACUUACCCUCGCUUCUUCACCAAAAAUUUCAUUUCUUAUCCAUUCCCUGACCUUCCAAAGAUUUUCAAACAUUAUCCACAAGCCAAAAUCUCAGUAGAACCUGAAAAAUGUGAAAUCCAGCCAGCUCAAGCAGGGACAAAAGUUUGUGCAAGAGACAUGGAAUCAUUGCAUAAUUUUAUCCACCGGUCAUUUGGAUCAGAAGGGGAACUUAAAAUUGUGGAAACCAAAUACCCCACAAUCUCAGCUGCACUGUUACAAGACUAUAUUGUGUUGGAAGAUCCACAAGAGAUUGAAGGUCAGGGAAUGGUAGUUUGUCAUCCCGUGUCUGAGGCUUUAUUUUGUCAUUAUAACGUUGAAGCUGUAAAGCUUGUUAAGGUCUCACUCAGAGGUGACAGUGGAGAUAAAGUGGAAGCUAUUGCCAUUUGCCAUACGGACUCGUCAAGGUGGGAGCAUGAUCAUAUUGUCUUUCGCUUGCUCCAGGUAAAGCCAGGCUCUCCGGUCUGCCAUUUCUUACCUGCAGGUCAUCUUGUUUGGGUUCAGUCACCUGCUUCCAAGGCCUCUUAGUUAAUUCUGCAGUUGAUUUGUUUGGUUGUUUAUGUGUAGCUGUGAUUGUGAGUGCUUGUGUGUUAUGAGUUUGCUGUCUAUCCCAAGCCAGUAUCGUCUAUCUAGAAUUGGUGAUCCUGAUGUAUAAAAUGUUGUAUCUAAACCAAUUAGGUUAAUAAAAAUAUGGGACUUGUGUUUUAGUUAACAACGAUGAUCUCCCUCUCCCUCUUUUUAAAAUUAUGCAUGAUAAUGGAAAUUAAUCUCUAGUCUUAUUCAUGAGUUCUUUUAACAAUGUAAAUGAGGAGAGUUGUAUUAAAAGUUUUUUUUUUUUUUAAAGCAACAAUUUUAUUGAAAUACGAAUCCAUGAAAAACUCGGCAUGAGCACGUUCGGUUAAACUCAUGUCAAUAGGCCUCUCCCUUUACAUCCGUCUUAGGGUGUGGCAUG